UUGCUACACCCAGAUGGCACCAGUCCAAUUUGGAGAAAAGCAGAGGGCUGCUCUGGUGGGAAAAAAGUGUGGGUUUUGGUAGCAAGAGAAGUUAUGAUGACGUCUUCUCUGUGAGAUCGGCAACCCCAGGGAUCGUCUGUGAGAUGGCAGACCUGGGUGGCUGCAGAUUUGAGAAAACAUUUCUGUCUCGGAGGGAAGACGUGACCAGUAAUACUAUCAAUUCCUGGCCAAGAGAGAUGGAGUCUCUUGAAAACUAUUAUGCAGAAAGUAUUUCGCCCAGAUCCACUGUGAUCCAGGACAUCCUGGAGCCGAGCUCCUUGAAGCGAAGCCCAUGCAAAGCAAUGGUGGGAGAAAGUUUGUCUGAGUUUGGGGCUUAUUCAAUGCAGAAGACUCUAAGGCCAGUAAGGAACAUGCAGCUGAUGAGUGACACCACCAAGACAAAAUGGAGGAGCCGGCCAGCCACAGAAGGCUUGGGCUCUGCGGUAUAUACUUCUCGGUCCCCAGAAGGGGCCAGCCCACCUCCAAACUCUCCACAUGGACCUUGGAAGGACAGAUCACCCCAGACUCUGGGGUUUUCCUUUUCCUUCAGGGAGAGUCCCAGCAAGUGGAUUCUGGGAAGCCCGAGAGACCCCUCUCCUGACUAUCGGCUGGAAAAACUGAAAGAAAAGAUCCGAGCACAGAAGCAUCAAGGCCCAAAUCUCUCAUGGACACCAAACCCAUCUCCUUCCUGCCUUACCGGAAGAUCACCCGGGAAGCAGCCGCUGAAGAAGAAAGUUCGAAAAGUGGCGUUUGCUCCACCACCCCCAGUUUACAGAGGUUUCAGUGCAGUAAAGCUAAAACCGAAGUGCUGUGCGGAAGGAGAAGUUGAAAACUGGAAUGUUGGCAUCUAUGGAACCUGUGGGUCAAGAACCCAAACUUCAGGCCCAAGAGAAAAAAUCAAAGCAGUCAAAAGCCAUCAUGCUGUCCACACGAAGGGUUCACCCAGGUCAUCGGCCCUUGGAAGAACCCUGAAAGACCAAGAUGUGAACUCAAUUGGCACUUCUGCAUGGAGAAAAGGACAGGAGCUGGCCAAAUUUCUGCUUGGUCCUUUGCCCACAUUUCCCCAGCUAGAGUGUUUGCUCCCUGCAGAAGACAGGGUCCUGGAGAAGGAAUCAGAGAAAGUGGAGAGGGUCCUAACAACUGAGCAGAUGCCAACCUCAUCUCAGGUCCCACAAAGCCCCACAGUGGACAGGCCCGCUUCUAGAGGACGAAUGGUUCCUGAAGACCCACCAGGUUUGCUUCAGUCUGCUAGGAAUGUGCUGCCAAGAAACGCCCAGCAGGUGCUGGGUGAUCUCCUUCUUCUAAAGCCGGCUGGUGCGGGGAGCGGGCGAGUACAGCCCAGCAUCCCAAAAGGUCCUCCGGAGGGACUGGUUGGAGAACCCAUUCAAAGUUGUAGGCCCCAGCCCUCAGCGAUGAGAAUAGACCUCUCUGAAGGGAGAGGUAGAUUCCCCAAGGGAGGCAAAGCCCAAUGGAAGAAAUGCUGGAAAGAGAAUAUUCUCCAGCCACCCAAUAAGAGGAUAAACAGAGGCCCCACCCAUCGCUACACCCGAGAAGAGGUGCAGGAAUUCAUGAAUCAGCAAAUUGCCCAGAGAAAGAGAAAACACCUUGAAGAGAAGAAAUCUUUACUGAAAGCCCUCGAGCUAAGAAGUCGAAGGCUGCAGGAAGUGUAUAAAAAGCAGAAAGAAGCUUUCUCCAGGAAGACUAAGUCAGGCACUCCCAAAAGGGCCACCAAGGAAGACUGUGCAUGGAAGCUGCCAGCAGAACCCCAGCGAUCAAUAGCCAGGGAGAUUGGAAACAGCAGUGAGAAGAAAGCUUUGAAGGGGGCAGUGCUAACAGCAGGGGUCUUGUCGGAAAAAGAGGCACCAGAAGACAGUUUCCUCCAGUAUUUGAGCAAGGCCUUGACUGACACCAAGACUAAUGAAAUUCUAGAAAAAGGCUUGGGUUGUCCGUCUUCUCCUCUGUCUGGGAAUGGAACCCAUGGCCCUUUGAAGCUUCAGGACCUGAGUAUCAGCUGCUCACAGGCCCAGCACUCUUCACCCCAGAGUCUGCCUCCUUGGCUGAGCAAUAUGAAUGCAGCCCACAAAUCCACCUCUCUUGGAGACCCGACCAGCUUCUUGCUCUUCCAAAACAAAAGGGCCAGGGUGCAGGCCCUUCAUGCCACGGCCGAGGAGCUUGGGGAGAGGAUUGAGAUGGCAUCAGAGCAGCUGAACUUCCCAGCUACCUCUGGAACAGCUACUGGGCAAUCGGGGAGGUGGGCCAUUCCACCUGAUACCAGCACCUCACCAAAGAAGGAGCCUCUCGAGGAGGUGAUCUCCACAACAGUGAUGGCCAAUGGGUCCCGAAGGGGAAACCCCACUCAAAAAGGCCCGUGGGUGUCAGGAGAGCAGACGUCAAUCACAACAGCAUCCUUUGAGGGUAAUGAGGGAAGAGCAGCUUGGAGAGGUGGAAGAGACAGUGUGGAAAUGAAGAGAAGGACCAGGGCUCCAUUUUCCUGCUCCCCAUUGGUUGGUGAAGAAUUAACAUGGAACUUUGAUUCAGAGAAGCAGCAGAGUGUUCAUUGCGGGAAAGAUCUGAAACAUAAGUCUGAAGGUCUUACCAGGAGUGAAGAUGGGGCUGUGGAAAAUCCAAUGCUGAAUACCACCGUCACUCCACAAGGAUUCUUCAGGAGGAGAUCACAAUGGGAAACAUCAAAUCAAGACUACUUGCUUAUUGCUGCAGUGAAACCUCAGAAGCCAGAUGAAAUGUCUAUAUUUUCUCCUGAAAGCUAUUUUGGAAGCCCAAGUUGGAAUAAUGGUAUCCGGUCAUCUUCCUUGCUCACUAAAUCAAGACUUGAAGGGAGCUCGCUCAUGACGAUGGGUAAGAUGGUGGCUACAUAUGGAAUAGGGGAAAGAGCCAACCCCGAACACCUCCUGCACUGCAAGUUGAGCACCCUGUGGUUGAGAUACUUCAACCAAUUUCUCAGAAUGCCCAGAAAUCUUAGUGCAGAAGGUGGAGGGAAUCAAUAUAGUAGUUAUCCCAGAGAAUCUUAUAUGAACCAUCUCGCCAACAUGAAGCUGAAAUACCAUACUUUGCUUCAGACACUAAAGCUCCAUCAGCUGAAACAAGAGCAAGAGAUGGCCCUUCUGAAGCUGAGAGCAGAACUGGAAUCCCGGGAGGCUCAAUCAUCUUUGGAAGAAUUGCUCUUCCGGCAUCAGUUAAAGUGCUUUCAUAGAAGCAGUGCGAUUGGGUGUAGAAUAGAAAACAGGGUGGACAAGUGGAAGAGAAUACAGACUCAAGGGAAUGCUGAACUCCCAGUCUCAUCUGCCAACAACUCGGCUGGAUGCAGAACAAACCAAUCUACAGAAGAAACCCCAGAGACGAGGAGGAAGUCACAAGGGGAGCUAUUGAGUGGUACAGUGUCUACAGCUGCAGGGGUUCUGCCAGGAAAGCAGAGGCCGGCUUCACCCCCAGCACUGUCCUGGGGUCUUCCGCCCCCUCCCACAAAUGAAAAGAACAGCGCAACGCCUGUAGGAGUUGACCCCGAAGACAGCAGCGGGAAAAUCACAGAUGUCCCCAGCCAGUGGAGUGAAGUCAGUCCAGCCGAGUUUGGCUGUUUCACCUCGAAGAUGAUCGAGCGGUCCCUAAAGGCCGAAGCGGAACGAGCCAGUCACCAGGCAGGCCUCCUCAGACUCUGGGAGAAAGCACUCCAGGAGAAAACCCGGGCGGAGCUGGCAUGGCUGGAGGACCAGAGAGUCUCUCUGGGAAACGUGGGCAACCAUAAAGCUGCAUCCGCCAUCAUGGAGAAGCAGCACAGAAUCCUAACCAACCUGCAGCAGGAACAGGUAGAAAUUAAACACCUGCAGAGUGUCUCCAGCGCAGCUCAUCAGGAAAGGAAUCUUUUAGCGAAACAGCACAAAGACAUCUUCAGUAUGCAGCAAUCAACAGUUCUUCUGCAACAGGAAUGGCAGAGUUUGGUUAAAAAGCAGCAGCCUCCCGAUGUUCAGACAGAUGUCAAGGGAGCAGUAUGCCUGAAGGCAGAGAAGAGUCUCAGACCUGGGAUAUCAACACUGAAUCUGGAAGGAGCCAUGAACUCAAAAGUGCCUGAUGUGGCAGAAAAACAAACCAGUCGUGUUCCAGAAGGAAGAAAGCAAAGACAUAAGGAUAAAAACUGCCUCUCUGAGAAGAAGGAUCCAUGGCUGUCCUGCAGGAGGUCCCUGGAGAGCCCAAACCCACAGUUGCAAGGAUGCGAUGAGGAACAAAGUGAAUCUAGAGACAACCACAGUGUGACUGAUCCCAAAGAACAAAUCCCGAGCCAGAACUUGGGGAAUGAUGGCUGCGAAAGCAAAGAAACUGGUGAGGAAUAUCGUGUUCUCCCACAAUAUUCUGAGGAAGUAUGCCUUUUAAAAUUGAAUGAAGAUUCAAAUCGUGUCUUCACCAAGUCAAGAAUGGAUGAAAAUAAGCUUCUUUCAAAUCAUGAACUACUUCCUAGAGACAAUGAAUUUGAGACCCGAAGUGUUCAAAAAAAUGAACCUGAAAAAGGCUUCCUCCCCUUAGCACUGAAGGGGAGCCAAAUAUUAGUUAAAAGUGAACCGGUUAUAAAGGGAAGAAGUCAACGAUUACCUACAGAAGAGGAAGACUUUUGCUCUCAACAGAAGGCACGUAUAAGGGUUAUGUCCCUUGAAGAGCAUGUAAUUAAUAUUUUCGGCAUCAAUCAAUGUUCUAACGUUCACAGUAUAAACGUUAAUGACAGCCAUAUAAAUCAAGAAAGGUCUGUGCUGAAUUCAGAUGGCAUCAGAAACCCCACAUCUCAACCACCGGAGCCGGAAAGGACGCUAACCCAAGAGCAGAGGAUAAAGGAGAGCUGGAAGGAAGAACUUGGCAUCCUGAGCAUUGAACAGAAAAGUGCCCAGAUCUGCAAAAUCUUUUCCCUCCAAGGUAUGACAUAA